CGACUACGUUGCAGCUGCUGCCAAAGCAGCCGGUGAGCUCUAUGGCUAUGGCCACUCUGAUGUGCUGUUCAAGCCAACCAAGGCAGCUGAAGCACAGUUUCGACCCACAGCCUCAGAUGCCAUGUCCUACUUUGUUGGGCACAAGGCGGUCGAGAAUGGGUAUCUUGAGGAUGCUGGCUUCGCCAUCAACGGUGGAAAGGGAUGGUCAAAUGUGGUUUUUGACAACCACCAAAUUCAUGUCAGCGGCAAUGUUGCCAUUGCCAUGGGCAACUACUUUUUCACCAGCGCUGCAGAUGGAAGCAAGACCAAAGUUGAGUACACUUUCGGCUACAAGAAGAAUGCGGACGGCAAGGUGCGCAUCUUCCUCCACCACUCCUCAGUGCCAUACCGCGUGCCUGCAGCCACUGCAUCUGGAGCGAUUACUGAAGAGGAAGUAAAGAGUGUGCAGGCAGCAUGGGCCAAUGCCAUCAAGAGUAUCUCCAAGACUUGUCUUGAGGGAGGCGACUACGUUACAGCUGCUGCCAAAGCAGCCGGUGAGCUCUAUGGCUAUGGACACACAAAUGUGCUGUUCAAGCCAACCAAGGCAGCUGAAGCACAAUUUCGACCCACAGCCUCAGAUGCAUGUCCUACUUUGUUGGGCACAGAGCGGUCGAGAAGGGUUAUCUUGAGGAUGCUGGCUUCGCCAUCAACGGUGGGAAGGGAUGGUCGAACGUGGUUUUUGACAACCACCAAAUUGAUGUCACUGGCAAUGUUGCCAUUGCCAUGGGCAACUACUUCUUCACCAGCGCUGCAGAUGGAAGCAGGACCAAAGUUGAGUACACUUUCGGCUACAAGAAGAAUGCGGACGGCAAGGUGCGCAUCUUCCUCCACCACUCCUCAGUGCCAUACAGCGUGCCUGCAGCCACUGCAUCUGGAGCGAUUACUGAAGAGGAAGUAAAGAGUGUGCAAGCAGCAUGGGCCAAUGCCAUCAAGAGUAUCUCCAAGACUUAUCUUGAGGGAGGCGACUACGUUGCAGCUGCUGCCAAAGCAGCCGGUGAGCUCUAUGGCUAUGGACACACAAAUGUGCUGUUCAAGCCAACCAAGGCAGCUGAAGCACAGUUUCGACCCACAGCCUCAGAUGCCAUGUCCUACUUUGUUGGGCACAAGGCGGUCGAGAAGGGUUAUCUUGAGGAUGCUGGCUUCGCCAUCAACGGUGGACAGGGAUGGUCAAAUGUGGUUUUUGACAACCACCAAAUUGAUGUCACUGGCAAUGUUGCCAUUGCCAUGGGCAACUACUUCUUCACAAGCGCAGCAGAUGGCAGCAAGACCAAAGUUGAGUACACUUUCGGCUACAAGAAGAAUGCGGACGGCAAGGUGCGCAUCUUCCUCCACCACUCGUCAGUGCCAUACAGCGUGCCUGCAGCCACUGCAUCUGGAGCGAUUACUGAAGAGGAAGUAAAGAGUGUGCAGGCAGCAUGGGCCAAUGCCAUCAAGAGUAUCUCCAAGACUUAUCUUGACAGAGGCGACUACGUUGCAGCUGCUGCCAAAGCAGCCGGUGAGCUCUAUGGCUAUGGACACACAAAUGUGCUGUUCAAGCCAACCAAGGCAGCUGAAGCACAGUUUCGACCCACAGCCUCAGAUGCCAUGUCCUACUUUGUUGGGCACAAGGCAGUCGAGAAGGGUUAUCUUGAGGAUGCUGGCUUCGCCAUCAACGGUGGAAAGGGAUGGUCAAAUGUGGUUUUUGACAACCACCAAAUUGAUGUCACUGGCAAUGUUGCCAUUGCCAUGGGCAACUACUUCUUCACCAGCGCUGCAGAUGGAAGCAAGACCAAAGUUGAGUACACUUUCGGCUACAAGAAGAAUGCGGAUGGCAAGGUGCGCAUCUUCCUCCACCACUCCUCAGUGCCAUACAGCGUGCCUGCAGCCACCAAAGUGCAGUCCCCAAGCUUGGUGACAACUUUGCAGCCAACAGUGGUUGGAGCAUAGAUUUGAUCUCCGAGAGGUCUGCUUUGGUCACAUCUUUAGUUUUUUUCGAUGCUGACGGUGACUUGAAACAGUUGCCUGGUCUGGUGCUUUGCAAAAGUUUUAUUGCACUUUUCUGCACGUUUGAGGCUUUUUAGGUUUGUCCUUUGUCCAGCUUUUGCCUCAAACAUUUUUGUGCAGUAUCAAAUUGAUUUGUACACAUGAUAUAGAUUUAAUUAUUGAAUUUUUAGCCGGACCUAGGAGCCGGCUGCGGGGAUGAAAAAUCCCCACCAGAGGAGGUAUCUUUCGAAGUUUUGGGAAGGGCCAAUGGGCUGUCAAAGGCCCGCGCUCUUCAGCCAAGCAGCCAGUACAUAGCUGUGCUUUGCUUGGAGACCCUUGCAGCUUUUCGCAAUCGCCCGCCUC